CCCUAACACGACAGCGUGAUCCAGCUCGAUGGCACAAAAUGGAGGGUUUAAAAGAUUUUGAUUAUAAAUAGUCGCCUUAACAUAAACUCUCAUUCACACCUAUAUUUCAAUUUCACUCUUCUCACCAUAUCUCAGUUACUGAGACACGAUGUGGAGUGUCUUGGAGCAGCUGCCGAUCUACACUUUGCCUUUGUAUCUUGGCGCUGCAUUGGUACUCUUCAGAAGGUACAAUUCUAGAUCAUCGUCGACCAAGAAGCUACCACCAUCACCACCAAAGUUACCGAUUAUAGGCAACCUCCACCAGCUGGGUGCACUCGUCCACCAAUCCUUUUUAUCUCUGUCCAGACGCUAUGGUGACUCGCUCAUGCUCCUCUACCUCGGCUCAGUCCCAAGCCUGGUGGUUUCGUCAUCUGAAGCAGCUCGCGAGAUCAUGAAAACACAUGAUAUUGCAUUUGCCAGUAGGCCAAGCACAAGGAUGUUCAGAACCAUCUCCUACAACCUCAAGGAACUAACAUUGGCUCCAUAUGGUGAAUACUGGAGGCAAGCAAAGAGCAUUCUGACUCUCCAGCUUCUAAGUAACAAAAAGGUCCAAACUUUUAAUGAGUUGAGGGAAAAGGUAAUUGCCGAAUGUGUUUAUAAAAUCACCCAGUGUUUCUUGUCUAAGAAGCCUGCAGACUUGAGCGACUUGUUUUGCUCACUUUCAAACGAUGUGACAUGUUUGGCUACGUUCGGGAGGACGUAUAAUGAAGGGGAGAUUGGGAGGAUAUUCAAGAAGAUCAUGCAAGAGUUCUUGGAGGUAUUGGGUAGCUUUUAUUUGGAGGACUCGUUUCCUCUUCUUGCGGUGGUUGAUCGUCUUAGAGGUCUUACUUCUAAAGUCGAUAGGGUCGCAUUAGAAUUUGAUGAGUUCCUCCAAGGUGUAGUCGAUGAGACCAUAAAGAAAGUAGUCAAUAACCCGACUCCAAAUGGUGAAAAUGACGUGGAAAGCUUCAUUGAAGCUCUGCUUAAGAUUCAGAAAGAUGAUAACAUUGGAAUCACCAUCGAUGGGGAUGUGGUCAAAGCACUCCUUUUGGACGCGUAUGUUGGUGGGACAGAUACAUCUUCAGCCGUACUUGAAUGGGCGAUGACCGAGCUGUUGUUAAAUCCGAAUAUUCUGAAGAAAGUCCAGGAUGAAGUAAGGAGUGUCCUUAAUGGAAAGGAAGAGAUAAACGAUGAAGAUCUGGGAAAGAUGAGGUAUCUUAAAGCUGUGAUAAUGGAAACUACACGCCUCCAUCCUCCCCUUGCCCUUCUACCUCCAAGAAUCGCACGAUAUGAUGUAAACGUAAUGGGGUACGAUAUUGCUGAAGGAACAAGGGUAUACGUAAACGUUUAUGCAAUUAUGAGGGAUUCUAAAGUAUGGAGUGAAGCUGAAACGUUUCUGCCAGAGAGGUUCUUGGAGUCAUCUAUUGAUUUCGUAAAACACAAUUUCGAGUUACUUCCAUUUGGUGCUGGAAGACGGAGUUGCCCUGGAAGGGUAUUUGCGAUGGCCUUACUGAGAAGGUGUUGGCUACUGUUCUAUGCAAGUUUGAUUGGUCGCUUCCACAUGGUGUGAAGCCAGAGGAUGUAGAUAUGACUGAAACCUGCGGUGUGGCUAAUCAUAAAAAAGUUCCAUUGCUUGCACAGGGAAAACCUGUCUCCAUUGUUGGUACACUAUGAUUUUUAUAUGAUAAUAUCAUGGAGCCUAUUAAAAACGUCUCCUUGUACUUGUUUUAUGGAACCUCAUUCAAAUUUCUUUUCGUAUCAAUAGUAAUAAUUAAGGCAUUAGAUGUUGAAUAUCUUUUUAAUAUUUCCGUUGGUCUUUCGGAUUUAGCUUGUGAGAAAGCUCAGUUUUGCUCUAUCAUGAAGACAUAAGGUUGUAGACUUGAAG